UCACGCAUAUAACAGGGAGGUCGAGCAGCUCCGAGGUAAUGGCAACCAAGAGCCUUUUCAUCGCCGCUCUCCUCCUCGUCACCGUAGGCAUGGCGCCGCACGGUGCGGAGGCGGACACGCAGCUUCCCCUCGGCAUCAUCUCCGGCAUAGUGCCAUGCAGCACCGGGAGUUCCAUCAAUGUGGCUGCGGUUCCGGUGUUCCCGAACGCCGCGGUGCAGGUGGUGUGCGGCGGCACGGUGGUGGGCGCCGCGAAGACGGACGGCAGCGGGGCCUUCACCAUAAACCUGCGCAUGCUCUCCACGCAGCUGCUCACCUCUCUGCUCCAGAAAGAGUGCAAGGUGGUCGUCGUCACCCCGCUGGCAGCAUGCAACGUCUCCCUCGCCAGCGUCACCGGCACGCUGACCGCGCCGGUGCAGAUUCUCGGUGCUGACAGCGGCAGCAGCGGCCUCGGCGGACUGAUUGGCCUUAUCGGCCAGAUCAUCAGCGGAGUCGUCGGUGGCGUCCUCAACAUCGCCACAGCGCCAUUCUCCGUCAUGUAGAUGGUCGGCUGUAAGUGGCCGUGUCCGUCCUCCAUUGACGAAUGACGAUGCGACGGCGGACCUAAGUAAACACUACGUGCCAAUUAUUGGACCAAAUGGUCAACUAUCCCCACUUCAGUACAUCCAUAAAUCUACUCCCAUGAUAUGUGUUACUGCUUCUAAGAAGCAUACAUAAGCAAGUGU